AAAACAUUUUGCCGUGCACGUGUGUUUUGUGCAUUUUACUUGUGAGUAGUAAACUACAGAAGUGGAACAAGACGGUUGAGUGAGCAGACUUUUAAAAAAAAGCAUCAUGUCACCCAGAGGCAGAAGAGCAAAAGAAAAAGCUGAUGUUUACUGGAACAUCUCAAUGGAUGUGAAACAGGAGAGCUGUGAUGUGGACCCAAAUAUCAUGGAUAUUAAGGAGGAGGACUGUGAGUUGGCGUCCAUCUACCUUAAACAGGAAAGUCUGAGCAUCAAGGAGGAGAACAGUGAACUGCAGGCAGUGGACAUUAAAGAAGAAGAUGAAGAGAGGUCUGUCAGUAUUGAGACACACAACCAUGCAAAUCUGAACAGUGUUAAAGAAGACAACCUUCAUGAUGGGUGUCAAGAUGGAGUGGUGACCUGGUUAGACUCUUCUCAAGGCAGACACUGUUCAUCAACAGAGCCUUCUGUCAAUGUGAAGACUGAAUCAUUACAGUCUGAACCAAAGAGGACUAAGAAAAUUACAUCUGUUAGAGCUCAGGAAAAUCGGCCACCAUCUACAAAGAAGUCUGGAAAAAGAAACAAAGAUCAGUGCAGUUUGGAAUCUGGAAAAGAAUUCUGUGGCAGGAGUGCUCUUCAGAUUCACACGGGAGAGAAGUCAUAUUGCUGUACUGAAUGUGGUAAACAGUUUUCACAUAUGAAGAGUCUGAAGAACCACACUAGAGUUCACACGGGAGAGAAGCCGUAUUGCUGUAAUGAAUGUGGUAAACAUUUUACACAAAUGGGCCAUCUUCAGGUACACACUAGAGUUCACACUGGUGAGAAGCCAUAUUGCUGUAAUGAAUGUGGUAAACAGUUUUCAGAUAAGACAAGUCUGAAGUACCACAUUAGAGUUCACACUGGUGAGAAGCCAUAUUGCUGUAAUGAAUGUGGUAAACAGUUUUCACAAAUGGGCCAUCUUCAGACACACACUAGAGUUCACACCGGUGAGAAGCCAUUUUGCUGUAAUGAAUGUGGUAAACAGUUUUCAGAUAUGAGCAGUCUGAAGUACCACACUAGAGUUCACAGAGGUGAGAAGCCAUAUUGCUGUAAUGAAUGUGGUAAACAGUUUUCAGAUAUGAGCAGUCUGAAGAACCACACUAGAGUUCACACGGGAGAGAAGCCAUAUUGCUGUACUGAAUGUGGUAAACAGUUUUCAUAUAUGAAGAGUCUGAAGAACCACACUAGAGUUCACACGGGAGAGAAGCCAUAUUGCUGUAAUGAAUGUGGUAAACAGUUUUCACAAAUGGGCCAUCUUCAGGUACACACUAGAGUUCACAUAGGAGAGAAGCCAUAUUGCUGUACUGAAUGUGGUAAACAGUUUUCAGUAAUGGUCCAUCUUCAGAGACACACUAGAGUUCACACCGGUGAGAAGCCGUAUUGCUGUAAUGAAUGUGGUAAACAUUUUUCACGAUUGAGCAGUCUUCAGAGACACACUAGAGUUCACAACAGAAUUAAAAGGGUAGCAGUUCAAAAAUCAGUCCAGAAAAUCAACCACCCUUCAGGACUCGAGAGUGAGGUUCACUCCUGUCCUAAAAAUUAAGCAAACUAAACUGUUGUUGACAAAUUAAUCUCUGAGAGAAGCCAUAUUGCUGAUUGGAAUGUGGCAAUCAAAUCUGUCAGGAGGAGUUCUCUUCAGAGACCGACCAGAAUUCACACCGGAGAGAAGUACAACUGAACUGUCCUGACUAAAG